AUGACUCAAUUACUUGUUUUCAUCGUAUUGGUGUUGGUUGCAUCGUUGUCUUCUUCUGUCUCUACAUAUCAUUGGCUUUCUAAACCUCUUCUUGGAGAUGAUGGAAGAAUCUAUGUCUGUUCUCAUUACACAUUUUUUGCAUUUGAAAACAAUGGUACCAUUGCAUGGACGAUGCAUUUAGACUACAAAUGCAACCUUGGUACCGCCCCAGUUCAUGGAAGUUAUGGCAAGAUAUACUUGGUAGCUGAUAACAGAAUAUUGAUGAUUAAUUAUGGAAACAUUGGAGCUUCUGAGCCGGCAGCAGAAGUUUUCUUUGGUCCACAACCAGAUCAACAUGCUGAGGCUGAAAUUAUUGGUUUCUCAGUAAGCACAUUAGGCUUGGGCUCAACUGUUUUCAUCAGCAUCAAGAAUCGAGGACUCUUUGCAUACAAGUCACAUGGACGUUUGCUUUGGAGUGUUGGACCUGUGCUGAACCAAUUUGGAUACCGUCAAGGAUGCAAGAAAAAUCUUACAGAUUGUUACUUUGCAUCAGUUCCUGUGCUUGAUCAAUGUGAGGCUAGUAUAUAUAUCACAAAUACAGAAGGAGAACUCUAUUGUUUGUCAGUUCGUAGCCGUCACUUUCGAUGGAUACAGGAUUUUAGCUCAUUAGACAAAAAAUUCACCAUCACUCCUGGAAACAAUGGUCAUCUUUAUGUAACAGUUCAAGCUAAGGCUCUUGUGCUGGCUCUAGAUGUAUUUUCAGGCACUGUCUUGUGGCAGAGAAGUAUUGGGCCAUUAAGCAAAGUUGACUCUGCACCUGUAGUGGACUCUAAUGGAUGGAUAUCUAUUGGUUCAUUGGAUGGAUUUCUGUACUCGUUUUCACCAACCGGGGUUCUUAAGAAAUUCUCAAGAAUGAAUGCAGAGAAAUAUAUGGUUCAAGUUGGUCCUUUUCUUGAUUGCUCUGGAUUUGCAGUCUACAGUUCACAGAUAGAGAUGGAAGGAAAAGUUAGCCAUACUAUAGGUGAAUACACCGUUGUCUCAGCAAUUCGACCAAAAGCUGCAUUAUUCACUAUGUUGGUUCCUGCAACCGGAUCAAUCUAUUGGUCUGAAGGCUAUCCUGGUCAAUUUUCUGCUUUAUUAUUUGAGAGUGACCUAAGUCAAUUUGUUAUGAAUGAGGAGAUUCUUCUUGCUUUCCUAGCUGCCUCAAGUCAGAAACAUGCAUCUAGCUGCUCUCAAGCAAGAACCAAGCUUGUCAGCGUCUACACAGGCAAUGAAAGGGCUAUAGUAUUGUUUCUUCUCUUUGAGUCUGCACUCCUGAUGGUACUAUUUGGACUUGUAAGAUUCUGCUAUACAUUCUGGGGAAAAAAGAAGCUUAAAGAUCAAGGCCUCAGAAGUUUCCUUGACAAGCGAUGCUCUCUUCAGUUUAAAAAGAAAGUUUUGGAUAGGACAAUUUCAGAGCUUGAGCAAAAAGCUGCAGAGGAAACAGUGGACAAUGAAGUUUUUGAAAAGUUGGGUGAUGUAGUAAGAGAAAGGGAAUGCAUAGAAAGGAAGCUUUCAACCACAUAUAGUUUGGGCAGGGACAGGACUGAUUCACAACCAAAAUCUAUGCUACCUUUACAUAUGGGAAAAACAAAAAGCUACUCAUUUCAGGAUGCAAAGCAAAAGAAUGUGACUAUGCUGCACACAUUAAGUGAUACAUCUUCCAGUGAAAGCAGCACUGAAGGAGAGACUUGCAUGCUUGAAGGCAUGGACACAUUAGCUAAGGCCAAAGCAAAGACACCUGUGGUGGAGGAGGAUACUUCAACUUCAAGUAACGAUGAGUUUGGUUGGAGAGGCUACAUAAGUCCUUCGGAAGUAACCUGA